UUAGGUCUGUUAGUCAUGACGCGAAUACGGCGCUGUUUAAACGCUUCCAGGAUAUGUGGGCUUUUGCUUCGCAGUUGUUUUACAUAUGGAGUGGUCAUGGUAGUGAUUACCUUUCGAAUCGAGAGAAAGGACUCGAACCUGGUGGCCAGAAAUCGACGAGCAUUCCGGUGGAUCUGCAUUGGUUUCCGACUUUUAGCCAGUUGUGUUUCUAGCUUCAGUUACGUCACAUGGGUUGGCCAAUUUACAAAUUCGUAUCUUCGGGCUUUUUUCAUUCUUCGAUUGUUGGGAUUUCUAAUAUGCAGUGCCAUUAUCCUAGUGCUGCAGUUUUGGUUCAGCGAAGAGCUAUUACAUUUGGUCAACCGUUUUCUAGAGCUCUUUCGCCGGCUGAGAAUUCUAACCAAUUCAAAAAAUGGUUUUGGUGGCAGUCAUGAAUUGACUUUGAUGUCCUUGAAAGUGAUCUCCUUAUUUUUUGCAUUCCUGGCUUUCCAUUUCAAGUUCUCACCCAUGGCCCUGCUUACUAUGCUGUGUGAUUUCUACACCUCCGUUGGCACUGGAAUGAUCAUGCAUCUGUGUUUUAUUGGAUACCUUAGCAUUGGAGUUCUUUACAAGGACCUAAACAACUAUGUGGACUGUCAAUUGCGGGCCCAACUGACUUCUCUGAAUGAAGGCAAUGUUGGGGAUAAUCCCCAGCCAACGCUUGAAGCCAUCUCCAAUUUGGAUAAGUGUUUAUCCCUUUAUGAGGAUAUUCACCAGGUGUCUCGGAGAUUCCAGCGGCUCUUCGAUUUGCCACUUUUUAUCACCUUGGCCCAAAGUCUUUCGGGCAUGGCCAUGAUUUUAUACUUCUCCAUCCUGCAGCGAAAAUACAUCUUCAAACUCUGGGGCUUGGUUAUAAAACUUCUCAUAGAUGUGAUCCUGCUGACCAUGUCCGUUCAUUCAGCUGUUAGUGGUUCUCGAUUGGUCAAACGACUCGGUUUGGAGAACUUCUAUGUGACGGAGGGCAAGAAGCACCAUCAAAAGUUGGAGCUUUUCCUGGGCCGCCUUCACCGCCAGGAACUGCGAGUGUGUCCUUUGGGCCUGUUCGAGGUCUCCAACGAGCUGACCCUGUACUUCCUCUCCGCGAUGGUCACCUAUCUGACCUUCCUGGUACAGUGCCGCAUGCAGUUGCCGCAAAUUUGA